GACUUUUGUCCCUUAUAAACUCCCCCUAUCCCCUUCUUCUUUCUUCGUCUCCCUCUCCCGCCGGAGAAUUUUUCUUCCUUUCCCAUACAAAGGCAGGACCGCCAAUUCGGAGGGAGAGUCGACACUUGCAAAGCUCAUCUUGUUUUUCUUUUUUUUUUGCUUUUGUCUCCCAUGGCUUCUCGUAGCUAUGGCGCUUAUUCUUCUCCCCCGUGGUUACUGUCUGCGGCGAUCUAUGCUUUGCUGUUUGGGUUCCCCUGUUCUGCCUUGGGAACGAUCGGGUUCGAUUUCCACCACCGCUACUCCGAUCCCGUCAAAGGGAUGUUGACCGUCGACGAUUUGCCGGAGAAAGGAACUCCCCACUACUACGCCGCUAUGUCCCACCGCGACCGCGUUAACUGGGCGAGUGGGUCCCGCGGUCGUGGCCUCCUCGAUCAAACUUCCACGCCGCCUCAGACGCAGCUCACUUUCUCCGACGGCAACGAGACUUACCGCCUUAAUUCCUUGGGAUACUUGCAUUACGCCAACGUUUCAGUUGGAACGCCAAGCGUGUCGUUUCUGGUGGCACUCGACACUGGCAGCGAUCUCUUCUGGUUGCCCUGCGAUUGCGAGAGCUGCGUUCGUGGCCUGCAGAGCUCAUCUGGGCAGAAAAUUGACUUCAAUAUUUACAGUCCAAACACGUCGUCCUCGAGCGGAAGUGUCCCCUGCAGCAACAGCUUGUGCCCGCUUCAAGGACAAUGCCCUACGCCGCAGACCGAUUGCAGGUAUCAGGUUGAAUAUCUUGAUAAUGGCACUUCAUCAACUGGAGUCCUGGUUGAGGAUGUGCUGCACUUGACACCAGACGCUACCCCCUCCAAAUCAUCGAAACUAGUGGAAGCAAAGAUUACAUUUGGUUGUGGCCAGGUUGAGACAGGCUCGUUUCUAAAUGGGGCAGCUCCCAAUGGCUUGUUUGGUCUUGGGAUGUCCAAUAUAUCAGUUCCCAGUACUUUGGCAAAGGAAGGGUACACUUCCAAUUCUUUCUCCAUGUGUUUUGGAGAAGAUGGGCUCGGGCGAAUCAGCUUUGGAGAUUCAGGAGGAAGUUCAGAUCAAGGAGAGACGCCUUUCAAUCUUAGAAGCUUACACCCCACUUACAACAUUAGCAUCACUCAGACGGUAGUGGGAGGAAACUCUGAGGAUGUUGAGUUUUCAGCAAUCUUUGACACGGGCACCUCGUUUACGUACUUGAAUGAUCCUGCUUACUCUGUUAUAACUCAGAACUUUGACAGUUUGACUAAAGACCUGCGACAUUCAUCAUCUUCUACUAGUAAUCUCCCUUUUGAGUAUUGUUACGACAUAAGCUCAAACCAGACCGAGGUGCCCACGCUCGACCUAAUAAUGAAGGGCGGAGAUUACUUUAACGUGACUGACCCUCUGGUAUAUGUGAAUCUUCAGGUGAUAACAUGGGGAGGCCUAUUAAUUUGCAUCUCGAUUCUUUCUUCUUAUUAUUAUUAUGGUAACAUUCACUUAUACGAGUUUGGUGUUGUCAAAAUGCUGCAGAAUGGCGGCCUUCUCUACUGCCUAGGACUGGUGAAGAGUGGUAAUGUCAACAUCAUCGGACGUGAGUGUCACUAUCUUUGGUUCGGACUCGUCUCUUCAACCUUGAGAUUCUUAUUGAGUUCUUCAUCGUGUCUUUCUACAGAGAACUUCAUGACUGGUUAUCGGAUAAUCUUUGAUCGGGACAGGAAUGUUUUGGGUUGGAAAUCAUCAAAUUGUUACACCAAAGAGAGUUCCAACACCUUACCAAUCGGCCCCACAGAUUCUUCCAUGGUGCCACCGGCUACAGCAGUGAACCCAGAAGCCACUGAUGCUGGCGGGAACAAUACCAGUGCAUCUGGAUCCGGACAACGGAAUAAUUCACCACGAAAACUUGUGUUGUUUAGAUUUAGGGUCGUCACAGCUGUUAUUUGCUUGAUGUUAUUCUUCACUGUUUGAUUCUUCCUUUCACCUAUUGUUAUCUUUUCGGUGGUGUCUACAUUUAGAGUGCACACACGGUACACAGCAGUUAUAGGCAUUUCGUUUCUGGUUUAGCUCAGGAAGCAGGCAAUGUUAGCUAGCUCCUUUUUACCUGUAUUGUUGAUUCACAAUAGAGCUACUUUGAAUACAAUCUGCCAUAUGUUCUGCUCCACUGUAAUAAGACAUUUUAUAAAAGUUUGAAAGUCACAAAAUUUCCCUUCAGGUUCUGUGCAUCAAAACAACAUUGCAAAACCGAUACCAUAUCGAAAAGUCUGCUAGACAGACAAAAUUACAGCCAAAUAUAUGAUGC